CCAUCCGACGACCCGUCAAUCCGUCCACCCAUCCCUUCAUCCCGCCAUCCCGCCAUCCCGCCGGAUCCCCCGCGCCGACUUGCCAAGGCGUCAUCCGAAUCACACGCUGGCGCCUGUGGGCGAGACAUUGAUUGACCCAGACCCAGACUCCUCCCGCACUCCCCGCAGCUCCAACUGCUACGGUAGCGGCGGCGUAUAAAUAUGCUGAGCUCCCAGCCCACCCGGCUGCGGCCUGGAUUGCUGUUGCCCGACUUCAUACAGCACAGCUUUCCAUCAAGACGCUUCACUCCCUGUCGUUUUGCCCCGGACCCCCGGUUAGAAGCUCGAAGCAGCCCCUAAAUCGCAAUGGCUCCCAAGAUUGCCAUCGUCUAUUAUUCCAUGUACGGCCACAUCCGGCAACUUGCCGAGGCCGAGAAGAAGGGCAUAGAAAAGGCCGGCGGCACGGCCGAUAUCUAUCAGAUCCCCGAGACGCUCCCCGACGAGGUCCUCACCAAGAUGCACGCCCCGCCCAAGCCUACCGAUGUCCCGGUCCUGAGCGACCCCACCACUUUGACUCAGUACGACGGCUUCUUGCUGGGAAUCCCCACCCGUUACGGCAACUUCCCCGCCCAGUGGAAGACUUUCUGGGACAAGACAGGCAGCAUCUGGGCCUCUGGCGGCUUCUACGGCAAAUUUGCUGGUGUCUUCAUCUCGACCGCAGGCCACGGCGGCGGCCAAGAGUCUACGGCCAUUGCUUCCAUGUCUACCCUGUCCCACCACGGCAUCAUCUACGUCCCCUUGGGUUACGCCAAGUCGUUCGGCCAGCUCACCAAUCUCAGCGAGGUGCACGGCGGCAGCCCUUGGGGCGCCGGCACCUUCGCCGCCGGUGACGGCUCGCGCCAGCCAAGCGCUCUGGAGCUGGAGAUUGCCAACAUUCAGGGCGAGAACUUCUACAAUACCGUUGCCAGGGCCACCGGCUGACUGCAUGGCGGCGAAUCGAAAGCCGAUCGUGGUGGUGGUGCGGCGACGAGCAAGUCAGCUGCUGCUGUCGUGGGCAACAAUGGUGUUGAGAAGCAACAGCAUUCCUCGUCACAGCAGCAGCAACAGGAAAGGCCGGUGAAGGAAGGUCCGUGUGGUUUGCCUGCGAAGUGUAUCGUUCUGUAAAUUUGGUCAUAUUCACACUGAAAUAGAUCAAAUUCCUUUGAACCGUAUGUCUAGCGCUGCACACCUGCGGUCGUCCCCGUUUCAAUGAUUCAAUUCAUCGGUUUCGACUGCUCUGAGGGCGAAAGCUAGGCAUGGGUUCCUCGCAAAGGGGCUUUGCUCUUUCGUAAGGUGCAAAUUUCCGCCAUACAAUCUACCGAUAGCACAUCACGACUCAUCAAUAGUGAAUUGCGUCCAG